CCAACAUCUCUCUCUCUCUCUCUAUAGUCAAGUAAAAACCCUCUCUCUCUCUCUCUCUAAAAACUCUCACUCUAAACCCACACGAAUCAAUCAAUGGCUUCUUCACUCUCUCUCUUACGCCAAAACACCUUUCUCUCCGCCACCCUCCCAACUACCCGACCCAAACCCAAAUAUGCAUCCGCUCCGGGUCGUGUCCGAAUGUCUCUCCAAGAAAACGCACCCACCAUCGCCGUCGUUGGAGUCACCGGCGCCGUCGGCCAAGAGUUUCUCUCUGUCCUCUCCGACCGCGACUUCCCAUACAGCUCCAUCAAAAUGCUCGCAUCCAAACGCUCCGCCGGCCGCCGCAUGACCUUCGAAGAUAAAGAGUACGUCGUGGAGGAGCUGACGGCGGAGAGUUUCGACGGCGUCGACAUUGCUCUCUUCAGUGCUGGUGGGUCAAUCAGUAAAGAGUUUGGUCCAAUUGCUGUGAAUCGUGGAACCAUAGUUGUUGAUAAUAGCUCUGCGUUUCGAAUGGAUGAGAAUGUUCCGUUGGUGAUACCUGAAGUGAAUCCAGAAGCAAUGGAGAAGAUUAAGGUUGGAAUGGGAAAAGGUGCUCUCAUUGCUAAUCCUAAUUGUUCUACUAUUAUUUGUUUAAUGGCUGCUACCCCUCUUCAUCGACAUGCCAAGGUGUUGCGUAUGGUUGUUAGUACCUAUCAGGCGGCUAGUGGAGCUGGUGCUGCUGCAAUGGAAGAGCUUGAGUUGCAGACUCGUGAGGUAUUGGAAGGAAAACCACCAACAUGUAAAAUAUUUAACCGACAGUAUGCUUUUAAUUUGUUCUCACACAAUGCAUCUGUUCUUUCGAACGGAUAUAAUGAAGAAGAAAUGAAACUGGUCAAGGAGACAAGGAAAAUUUGGAAUGACAAGGAUGUCAAAGUAACUGCUACAUGUAUACGAGUACCCGUCAUGCGGGCUCAUGCAGAGAGUGUGAAUCUUCAAUUCGAGAGACCCCUUGAUGAGGACACUGCAAGAGAUAUUUUGAAGAAUUCUCCAGGUGUAGUGGUUAUUGAUGACCGUGAAUCCAAUAAUUUUCCUACUCCAUUGGAAGUGUCAAAUAAGGACGAUGUUGCUGUUGGCAGGAUUCGCCGUGACCUAUCUCAGGAUGGGAAUCAAGGGUUAGACAUUUUUAUAUGUGGGGAUCAAAUUCGCAAGGGAGCUGCACUUAACGCAAUCCAGAUUGCUGAGUUGUUGCUAUGAGUUCUAAUAUGUCAAGGUUUCGCUGAGUUGGUACCUCCAAGUUAUGCUGCUUUUGAAACAGUUUUGUAUCUCCUAGUUGGAAGUAGUAGUUCUUUGGUUUUGUAAGGUUUAGCUAGUCAGAGGAAUUUUUCAAGGAUGUGAUAAUACACUCACUAGCUUGAACACAUUUUUGUCAUGGCCUUGAUUAUUUUCACACUUUCUGUAAUCCGCUCCUGUGGAAUGAAUAACAAGCAUUGGUUAUGGCAUGAAAAUAUCACCCAAUACAUUCUCCUUGAUUGAGGAGCGAGAAUAUAUGAA